AUGGAGCAAAUUCAAGUAUUAUUGGCCAAAUUCCAACAGAUAUUACUAAGCAUAUUUUAUGCAAUUCUACGUUUGCUUGGAAUCGGUGCUAAGAAAGGUGAAUCUGAAAAUAAAAUUGCUGAACCAUUAAUUAAGACAGAAACUGAAUGCAAAGAACCUAAAGCUGAUGUACAGAAGGAAGAGACACCAGCGGAUAACUCCGAAUUACAAGAAGCCGUCGUAGAGCGUACAAUUGAUAACGCUGACACUCCUGCAAAUGAAAAUUUGGAACUCAAGACUCAAGAAUGUGUUGCAGAAGAAGUAGUUGAACUUUCUACAAAGCAUUCUGAAGCGCAAGCAGUAGAAGUUACUCAUGUUGAAACUGCAAAGCAGCACGUUGUUGAAAUUAAACAGGAGAAGACCUCAAUAACACAUGUUGAAACAAAGGUUCACGUUGAAGAGAAAAUACAUCAAAAAUCUGAAACAAUUAUUUCCAAAGAACAGAAAGCGUCCGCAUCUGCUGUCACAGUACAUACUGAAGGAAAGAUUGAACCAGAACCUGAAAAACAGCCACAAAAAGCAGAAAAUAAGAAAUCAGAAACAAAAUUAGAAACUCCUACAGAAAAACCUACCACAAAACCAGCAGAAACACCUGCUUCCCCUAAGAAGGAAAGUAAGGAAGAAAAGAAGACAGAAAACAAGAAAUCCGAAACAAAAUCAGAAAAACCUGCUGAAAAACCAGCGCCAAAACCAGAAGAAAAGCCUACACCAAAGCCAGAAGAAAAACCAGCUCCAAAGGCUGAAGAGAAGCCAAAAUCAAAACCAGAAGAAAAAACAGCUCCAAAGGCUGAAGAGAAGCCAACUCCAAAAGUUGAAGAGAAGCCAGCUCCAAAAGUUGAAGAGAAGCCAGCUCCAAAGGCUGAAGAGAAGCCAGCUCCAAAGGCUGAAGAGAAACCAAAAUCAAAGCCAGAAGAAAAACCAGCUCCAAAAGUUGAAGAGAAGCCAAAAUCAAAAGUUGAAGAAAAAACAGCUCCAAAGGCUGAAGAGAAGCCAGCUCCAAAGGCUGAAGAGAAACCAAAAUCAAAGGCUGAAGAAAAACCAGCUCCAAAAGUUGAAGAGAAGCCAAAAUCAAAAGUUGAAGAGAAGCCAGCUCCAAAGGCUGAAGAGAAUCCAGCUCCAAAAGUUGAAGAGAAGCCAGCUCCAAAGGUUGAAGAGAAGCCAGCUCCAAAGCCAGCUGAAAACAAGAAACCACAAACUAUAUUCGAUACUUCUGUGGAACAAGCUGCAACAAAACCAGCAGAAGAUUCGAAAUCACCUUCUCAAAAUACAAGAACGCCAACAUUAGAUCUUGUUGCAAAGCGUCCAGAAAUCGAAGAAUUCGAGUCAGAUGAUGAAGAAAACAACACAAAAGACAAUUCAUCUACUUCCGAACAACCUUCAGCUCCUGUACGUAUUUUCGAAGAGAAGAUGUUGAAGAAGAGAGAAUUCGCAAUCAAUGAACUAUGCAGCAGUGAAGAAGUCUACUGCAACUACAUCAGAAACCUAAUUGUCGAGUACAAACCAGCAGUACAACAUCUGAUCAACGAAGAUCAGACAAGACUUAUCUUCCAAAACAUUGAUACUUUGAUUCUUCUAUCCAACCAAUUCUCUUCUUUAUUUGCUGCGGAACGCAAGAAAGGUCCUCAAUUCGCUUUAUGUGGAAACUGUUUCACAAACGCAAAGCACUUAAUCAAGAUGUUCGUUCCUUACAUCGAACAUUAUCCAGAAAUUGAUUUAUCAAUUAAAAAACUGACAGCGAUGAACAAAAAGUUUAGAAUUGCUUGUGAAGCAGUUGUCAAGAAAGGUGUCCAACCAAUAUCAUCAUUAGUUAUCAUGCCUGUACAACGUAUGCCUAAAUAUGUUUUGUUGCUUCGCGAGAUCUAUAAAGCAACUCCUGAAUGGCAUGAAGACAGGAAAUUACUUGAAGACGCAAUGGCUUCAUUAAAGGAAGCUUCUUCAGCAGCUGAUGCAAAGACAGAAGAAGCAAAGCGUAAAUCAGAUUUGUACAUGUUGCAAUCUACUAUUAAAGAUUGCCAGUUGACAUUAGUUGCUCCUAGAAGAACAAUUAUCGCAAGAUUCCCUGGACAACUUGAAAGAUACGAAAUUGUCAUCAUGACUGAUAUGAUUAUUGUCAUCAAGGGUCACAAGAAGACUGCAUUGAGAUCUGAGUAUACAACACUAAAGUCUUACGUGAUGCUCAGUGAUAACUCUGUUGUUGCUUGCAAUAACCACGUUUUGAAUGUUUCUACUCCAAACCGCCCUGAAAAAUUGACAAUGCAGAUGUUACCUGAGAAUGAAGCGAAAGUCAUGGAGAUAAUCAAGGGAGUUAUCGACUCAAUCUUUGUGUUAAAGAGAAGAAUUAGUAUUGAUUCAACUUCUGAUUCUUAUUAA